AUGCUCGUGUACAUGCUGCACUACGCCGCUGUUACUCCCCCACAGCAGAGCCUGCCAUUAAUUCGCAGGCAAUUCCCUCUACGAAGGUACUACUACGUUGACCAGUUAGUGACCUGGCCUAAAGCCCAGCAGUACUGCAGGGAGCGUUACACCGACCUGGCCACGUUUGAGAGUCUGGACGACCUAAACAGGCUGAAGCCUGAUAUUUCCUAUACUUGGGCCUGGAUCGGACUCUGGGAUGAUCCGAAGGCCUGGAAAUCUGAAAUGGGCAACAAGUCCAACUCCUGGAGAUGGUCUGCAACCGGAGAAACCAGUAAAACUGGUUACCAGUCGUGGGCCACUGGUGAUCCAAAGUUCAGAUAUUCAGCAGAGAAGUGCGCGUUAAUGGCUAAAGCUGGGUACUGGUAUAGUGGCACAGAGCUCAAUGUGAAACGACACGUGUUCAUCUCAACUUCGGAAACAUGGAGUUCUGCUCAACGUUACUGCAGAAAGCUUCACACCGACUUGGCGAUGAUUGAGAACGAGGCGGAAAACUCUGAAGUCAAACAGUUAAUUCCAGCUGGAGCCAAUGUCUGGAUCGGUCUGUACCGAGAGCCGUGGAUCUGGUCUGACAAGAGUCCCAGCCGCUUCCAAAUCUGGGCUGCUCAUGAGCCAAACUUCAACGGGGAUCAGCACUGCGUCUGCAAGAAUACAGCGCAUCAGUGGGGUGAUGAAAAAUGUGAUUCCGUCAAAGUCUUCAUUUGCGAACAAGUGGUGAAAACGAGCAACACUGUGAAAAUGAUGAUGACGAGCAUCAAGGAUCUGACCGAUCCAGCCGUCAACGCCCAGGUCCUCCAGCAGAACCGAGAUCUCAGGUCCACAACACCAAGCAGCUGCACUCCGACUAAAAAAUCAACGAUGAGCCAACAAACGACUGCAGCUCUCCUCCUCUUUGGACUUUGCCUCGGUUACUGCUCCCAGGAUCCACCACGCCGGUACUUCUAUGUCAACCAGUCGCUGACCUGGACUAAGGCUCAGCAGUACUGCAGGGAGCAUCACACCGACCUGGCCAGGUUUGAAAACAUGGACGACAUAAACAUGCUGGAAACUGAUAUUUCCUAUUCCCUCGCAUGGAUCGGACUCUGGGAUGAUCCGGAAAACUGGAAAACUAAAAUGGGUAACGGGCCCAAUUCCUGGAAAUGGUCUGCAACCGGAGAAACCAGUAAAACUGGGUACCAGACAUGGUCUCCCAAUAAUCCAGAUUUCUCCUCGGGAAAAGAGACGUGUGUAAUUUUAUUCGACAACAGAAAAUGGGGAGAUGUGCAAUGUUCAGACUCACAGUCAUUUAUUUGUUACAACGUUAAAGAGCAAAAUGUGAAGCAGUUUUUUUACAUCUCAACUAAGAAAUCCUGGAGUUCUGCUCAAACGUACUGCAGGGAAAACUACUUUGACUUGGCAAUGAUCGAGAACCAGAAGGAAAACGAUGAAGUUGCAGGACUGAUGCCGAGCGGAGUCUACAGUUGGAUCGGUCUGUACCGAGAGCCGUGGUUUUGGUCCGACGGGAGCCGCAGCUUGUUCCGACACUGGACCUCUUCGGGCCCAACAAACAGCGGCGGUAGUCGGCACUGCGGCGCUGAGAAUGAUUUACAUGAGUGGGAGGAUGAAGACUGUACUACUUCCCAUGUUUUCAUCUGCUAUCAAGAGGUAACGAAGGCCCACCUUGUGAAGAUGAGGGUUGUGACCGGUGCCGACCUGACGGAUCCGGACAUCAGCGCCCGGCUCCUCCAGCAGCUCGGCGCCAAACUGGCAAGUCAGGGAUGGACUGACGCCAAAGUCCGAUGGCAGAAUACACCCCAAAAAGAAGGACAAUAAUGAAAGAACAGGACAUCAGUGUAAUUAAUGUUCUCUGCAUAUAGCUCUGGUCACAAUUUGAACCACUGUUGGUGAUAAUAAAUCUACAGAACCAAAUAUAACUCUCCUCUAGAACCUCAUGAGCUGAAAGUUUAGUGUGAGCCACAAAGAGAUGAUCUUAAAUAUGAAAGCCAGAAUUAGAGUCAUAUGCAAAAUGUCUUCCAUUUGGGUCUUAGCUACUUCUAAAACAACCUUUGG